AUUACAGGAAGUAGAAUUUUUUGACAGCUGGCGGUGUCGGUUUUGAUAAGAAUGGCAGGUAACGGCGGGUUUCAAGCUUCGGGAGGUUACAAUGACAGGCCUCCGUCUUCUACUGGCAGCGGAGAACCAGAUGUGGGUGUUGAUCCUGCAAGCAGUAGUUUCUUUAACAACGAGUUUAAACGUCAUGAAGAUCUGAAGAUAAUGCUGGAUAGUAACAAAGAUUCACAGAAACUUGAUGCUAUGAAGAGAAUUAUUGGAAUGGUGGCUAAAGGCAAGGAUGCCUCAGACUUAUUCCCUGCAGUGGUGAAGAAUGUGGUCUGUAAAAAUCUAGAGGUGAAGAAGCUUGUGUAUGUGUACCUGACAAGGUACGCCGAGGAACAGCAAGACCUUGCCCUCCUAUCUAUCAGUACAUUCCAAAGAGCUCUCAAGGAUCCAAACCAGUUGAUAAGAGCAAGUGCCCUGCGUGUAUUGUCUAGUAUAAGAGUACAAAUGAUCGCCCCAAUUAUGAUGUUGUCAAUUAAAGAAGCUGUGAUGGACAUGUCGCCGUAUGUCAGGAAAACUGCGGCUCAUGGUAUCCCUAAACUAUACAGCAUUGAUCCAGAGUUGAAAGAUCAGCUCAUUGAAGUGAUUGAGAAGCUUCUGGCAGAUAAAACUACUCUGGUUGCUGGCAGUGCGAUACAGGCAUUUGAGGAAGUGUGCCCGGAGCGUACCGACCUUAUACAUAAGAACUAUCGUAAGUUGUGUAACCUGCUGGUAGAUGUGGAGGAAUGGGGACAAGUUGUCAUCAUCAACAUGUUGACUCGUUACGUCAGGUCACAGUUCAUUAACCCCAAUGAUGAUAAUGUUGGGGAUGAGGUGGACAAACCAUUUUACGAGUCAGAGAAGGACAGUAAUGAAGAUGAAGAUGAUGAUGAUGACGAUGAUGAUAAGGCCAAGGCUAAAACAAAACCUAGACAAUAUAUCAUGGACUCUGAUCAUAGGCUUAUUCUAAGACAGUGUAAACCCUUGUUGAACAGCAGAAAUGCUGCUGUUGUGAUGGCCGUAGCUCAGUUGUACCACCAUUGUGCACCAAGGUCGGAGGUGUCCACGGUUGCCAGGUCUCUCAUUCGACUCCUCAGAUCUCACACAGAAGUACAGUAUGUGGUGUUAAGUAACAUAGCAACGAUGUCGUUGAAACAGAAGGGAAUGUUUGAGCCGUUCUUGAAGAGUUUUUACGUAAGAUCUAAUGAUGCCACCCAUAUCAAACUUCUGAAGUUGGAAAUCUUGACGACUUUAGCCACAGAGACUAACAUUGCUACAAUACUUAGAGAACUACAG